CUCCAUUCAACCCUCCCAAUGAUCCAGACAGUAUGGUCAAGUUUGAUGCCUAUGGAGAUGGGAUAGGACGAUACAACGUGUUCAAUUUCCAGUACACUGGAGACAGAUACUCCUAUGUGAAGGUUGGGCAGUGGGCAGAAACCUUGUCCCUCGAGGUAGACUCUAUCCACUGGUCCAGGAACUCUGUCCCUGUCUCCCAGUGCAGCGACCCCUGUGCUCCUAACGAGAUGAAGAACAUGCAGCCAGGAGAUGUCUGCUGUUGGAUUUGUAUUCCCUGUGAAACCUAUGAGUACCUGGCUGAUGAAUUCACCUGUGCAGACUGUGGGCCUGGGAAAUGGCCUACAGCUGACCUGACUGGCUGUUACGACCUGCCAGAAGACUACAUCAAGUGGGAAGAUGCUUGGGCAAUAGGUCCUGUUACCAUUGCAUGCCUGGGCUUUAUUUGUACUUUCAUGGUCAUUGCAGUGUUCAUCAAGCACAACAACACCCCCCUGGUCAAAGCCUCUGGCCGUGAACUGUGCUACAUAUUGCUCUUUGGGGUCUUCCUGUCUUACAGCAUGACUUUCUUCUUCAUAGCCAAGCCCUCUCCAGCUAUCUGCACCCUCCGCAGGUUGGGGCUAGGAAGUUCCUUUGCUGUUUGCUACUCUGCCCUCCUGACAAAAACGAACUGCAUAGCCAGAAUAUUUGAUGGUGUAAAGAAUGGUGCUCAGAGGCCCAAGUUCAUCAGCCCCAGCUCUCAGGUCUUCAUCUGCCUGAGCCUCAUUCUGGUGCAGGUUGUGGUGGUGUCCGUGUGGCUCAUCUUGGAGGCCCCAGGCACCAGGAGAUACACUCUGCCUGAGAAAAGAGAGACUGUCAUACUGAAAUGCAACGUCAAGGAUUCCAGUAUGUUAAUGUCCUUAACCUACGACGUCAUCCUCGUGGUCUUAUGCACUGUAUAUGCCUUCAAAACCAGGAAAUGCCCAGAGAACUUCAACGAAGCCAAGUUCAUCGGGUUCACCAUGUACACCACGUGCAUCAUCUGGCUGGCCUUCCUCCCCAUAUUUUAUGUGACAUCCAGUGACUACAGAGUGCAAACCACCACCAUGUGCAUCUCUGUGAGUCUGAGCGGCUUCGUUGUGCUGGGCUGUUUGUUUGCACCCAAGGUGCACAUCAUCCUUUUCCAGCCCCAGAAGAAUGUGGUCACUCACAGACUCCAUCUCAACAGGUUCAGUGUCAGUGGGACCGGGACCACCUACUCUCAGUCAUCUGCCAGUAUGUACGUCCCGACCGUCUGCAACGGGAGGGAAGUUCUGGACUCCACCACUUCGUCUCUGUGAUUGUGAUUGCAGUUCAGUUCUUGAGUUUUUAGACUGUUAGGCAAAACUUUGCACAUGUUGUGCACCCCAGAAACCACCAGAGGAAAAAAAAACCCACAAGAAACCCAAGCAAAACUAGUACCUUUUUUUAGAAACAGUGUAAUAAAUUAUUUUUGAGGAUUGUACAGUAUAUAGUGACGUUCUGGAACUUUUUAGACUGAUUUUAGCCCUUCUGUUGUUAACAGUUCAUAAGGGACAUGUAAAUAACCAUGGUUCACAAUGUGCAUAGUCCUGCAGUAAGGGAGUGGUUUGUUGCAAGCACAGUUGCAAUGUUAGGUGACUUCUUUCCUACAGAUUUCUUUUGUAGCUCCUUGUUGUACUUAACUUAGACUGCAUUUCUAUGUUGUAUAUUCCAGUUACCUGCCAUGUAACAGGUUGGUUUUCUCAGCACAAAACAGCAGUAUUAAUGUAAAGGCACCAGUAAUAAAAAGGUAAAAGUUUUCAGCA